AUGCAAGAUUCAAAAUGUCACAGCGAGAUGGCAAAAAACUGUUUGAAGUAUUUGGUCCAAAUGACGCAGCCACUAACACCAGAUGUAUUCGAGGAAUACGCGCUGGCGAUGUAUGCAGCACAGUUUUGGGACUGGCAUCUCCCGCAGGCAGGAGACGACAAAGACCAAGUGAUCCAACUAGCCAUGACUUUGAUGGACAUUGAAGAUCCUGUACAUCUCGCCCGGAUGCGUAUUACUGUCGCAUGGGAAACGUCGAUGAAUCUACGGCCCGGCAAGGGCGCUAAGUUGGAAUUGACUGCUGCAAAAUGGCUCAAUAAACUACAGUCGGAUAUAUCCGUGGGUCGGCUGGAGAUUACCAGGAUUCUGCAGGAUGCAAAUAGUCGUCGACCCGAGGAAGACUCCGAUAAUGCCAUGGAAGAGUCCGAAUAG